AUGUCUGGCAGAGGGAAAGCCAGGAAGCCCGCCGGUGGUAAAAAGCACACGAAAUCAGCAAGAGCCGGUUUGGUAAUGCCCGUUGGGCGUGUUCACCGUUACCUCAAAAUGGGUAGGUAUGCUCGCCGAACAUCAACUGCGGCUUCCGUGUAUUUGUCAGCAGUCAUCGAAUAUCUUGUUGCUGAAGUGAACGAACUAUCCGGUAACGCUGCUAAGGCAAACAAAAGGAAAACUAUUACUCCCCGUCACAUAAUGUUAGGCGUUAGAAAUGACGCUGAAUUGAAUGAACUGUUGAAAAAUGUUCAUAUUUCCCAUGGUGGUGUUCUUCCUUGCAUCCAUCCCUCUCUACUUAAACGCAAAUCGUACCCCGAUUCUAUGUCACCAACCGUUCACAGUGGAUCAGGAGUAAACACAAUUCCGCUUGCAAACGCUGUUUCAGCAUCAAUUUCUCGGGUUUCUGCUGGGAAUAAUACCGCGGAUCCUGCCAGUUCUUAG